AUCUAUCUGCAGAGACAUUUCAAGAAAAAGAGGUAUCGGCGCGGUCACUUUUCGAGCUCAUUCAACACUAUCUCCAAGGUGCGUUUCACUGAUGGACACCAACCGGUGAAGACAUGUUGCUGGAGACAGGCUAAAUAUCCCUAUUUGAUCUGGAUUAGUCUGCCUGAGAGUUACCCUGAAGUCGGCUCGAAAUGAACUCUACAGAUGCACCUUUGUCUCAGAAUAUUUGAUAAGAAUCGACGCUACUUCUCCUUUCCCAUCCACAUGAGAAGUUUGACCGGUGCUGGGUAGAGGACGGCUGUGUUUCCGAUUGGCUGUUUUAUCCGUGGAGCUCAAGCAUCUGGACGACUGUUUCUCAUCACACUGAGGGUUGCAUGCAUCAGUGCCAAGAAAUUGCAUUAGGUGGGAGACUUCUUCUAAGGAGACACAGAGACAUUACUAAAAGAUGGAAGUGGGAGCUGAGCAAGGAUGCACACAGGGAAAUGGACGCAGUGACGCUGUGGCCAGAGAACCGCGCACCUCUCCCUGCAACAGCUUGAAGAUGUUUCUGGUAGCAUUGUCCUUUGCCUAUUUUUCAAAGGCUCUGUCGGGGAGCUACAUGAAAAGCACAAUAACUCAGCUGGAGAGGCGCUUUGACAUCCCCAGUUACCUAAUAGGUGUCAUUGACGGGAGCUUCGAGGUAGGUAACCUGUUGGUGAUAGCGUUUGUCAGUUACUUCGGGGCCAAGCUCCAUCGGCCAAAGAUAAUCGCAGUGGGUUGUGUACUGAUGUCCAUUGGCACCUUCAUCAUUGCUCUGCCUCACUUCAUAAUUGGACGCUAUGAAUUUGAAACAUCAGUGCGGUGGGUAGUGAACUCAACACUCAACCCCUCUCCUUGUCCGUUGGGCUCUCCAGCAGACCUGACCCAACACGGUAAACUGUCUCAAAUGCCAGCAACAGGUUGUGAAGGCGACUCCAACCUGUCAAUGUGGAUUUAUGUGCUCCUGGGAAAUGUUUUGCGGGGGAUAGGAGAGACGCCUGUUCAGCCACUUGGGAUCUCCUAUAUAGAUGAUUAUGCUAGUGAGGAAAAUGCUGCACUUUAUGUUGGCUGUGUGCAGACCAUUUCAGUGGUUGGACCUGUGUUCGGCUACCUGUUAGGCUCCCUUUGUGCCAAAAUAUAUGUGGACAUUGGAUUUGUAAAAAUGGAAACUAUCACCAUCACCCCAGCAGAUGCCCGCUGGGUGGGAGCAUGGUGGUUGGGCUACCUCAUAGCUGGGGUCAUCACCCUACUCUCUGCCAUCCCAUUCUGGUUCCUGCCCCGCUCUCUGCCAAUACCUGAGCCCCAGGGCCCAGAAAAGUGUACACCAGAGCAGGCACGCUGUAUUAAAGACCCUCAUCUUUUGAAGCACAAGUAUCCUGCAGACGAAAAUACUACUUUCAUAGAAAUGGCCAAAGACUUCAUUCCAACCUUGAGAACUCUGCUGGGAAACCCUGUGUAUUUGAUAUACCUGUGUGUGACAAUCAUCCAACUGAACUCCCUCAUCGGCAUGGUCACCUACAAGCCUAAGUACAUAGAGCAGCACUUCAGGCAAUCUGCCUCAAAGGCCAACUUCCUCAUGGGUGUGAUCAAUAUCCCAGCUGUGGCACUGGGGAUGUUUUCUGGAGGUCUACUGAUGAAGAGGCUGAAGCUGAACAUUAUGGGAGCAGCCAGGUUUGCCUUCGGAACAUCUCUGAUUGGUUACUUCCUGUCACUGUUCUUCUUUGCAAUGAGCUGUGAGAAUGCAAAGGUAGCGGGGGUGACACUUUCAUACAACAGCAUGGAUAGGAUAUCUUAUGAUAACUACACAUUGUUCACAGCAUGCAACUCAGACUGUUUUUGUUCAGCAAGUGACUGGGACCCAGUCUGUGGAGAGAAUGGCAUCACAUAUCUUUCUCCCUGUCUUGCGGGUUGCACCAGCUCUUCUGGCUCAGGGAAAAACACAGUCUUCUCUAACUGUAGCUGUGUCGGUGUGGCUGGUAACUUCACGGCCAGUACCGGUCAGUGCCCUCAUAAGGACGACUGUGACAGGAUGUUCCCGUACUUUUUGGCUCUCUCUGUCAUCACUUCCUUUAUCAUCUCCCUUGGGGGCACACCGGGCUACAUGUUCCUCAUUAGGUGCAUCAAACCACAGCUGAAAUCUUUGGCGUUGGGUUUCCAUGCUCUGUCAACACGUACCCUUGCAGGGAUACCAGCACCCAUCUACUUUGGAGCAAUCAUUGACACCACAUGUCUGAAGUGGGGUCAGAAGAGGUGUGGAGGCAUAGGAGCCUGUAGAAUCUACAACACCACUGCAUACAGGAUAGCAUACUUGGGUCUGACUCUGAGCCUGCGGAGUAUCUCAUUCAUUAUUUGCAUCCCGGGUUUCAUUUUGCUCGGUCGACAGUUGAGGAAGGAGGAAAGGAAUGCCAUCCACGGAGCUCUGGCCAAUGGCGGGACGGAGCUGGAGGCACUGAGGAAGGAAGAGUUUGGGAUUUGUAAUUCUGACCAAUCACAACAAACGGUAGACAACAGCACAGCCAGGGAGACACGGCUGUGACAAAUCCAGCAGAACUGACCCCCUCCUUGUCUCCUUCUCACAAACACAUAAACAUACAAACACACACACAAAUACAACCCACAGUAUGUACAGAGUGAUACUGUACACAUGCCCACUCACUCAAUUGAGAUUUGCAGGGAAUCAUGUUGUAUCUGAUAAUCUCAUAUAAAGCAUAAAUUCUAUAUUUGUACUACUGGACUCAUGAAGGCUUUGUGAAUUUAACAGGAAAUUUGAUAUAAUGGACAUAUUUCUUGAAUGUACAUGCUGUUUUUUUUUUCUUAUUAAUAAAAGUAUAAUAAUAUUUUUUUCUGGUUUUAAUGGUGGCACAAGAGAUCAGAUGGGAAAUGUGACUAGUAUAAUUCUAAUGAGCACUUAAAGACUGCCUCUUUCAAAUUAAGUUUUUCUUGCUGAUAUCACAAGAGGAUAAACAAUUAACACACAUAUAUGUUAUAUCCAGUAUAUAUACAUAUAACAUGUAAAGAUGAGGAAAAUUAAGCAUCCAAAGAGACAGGUCUGUGAUGUUUGUGAACGUGUGUUUCAGUGACUUUUAGAAGGCUUGGCAGUUUGACGUUUGUGCCUCAUUCACACAAGUUACCUCUAAAUCUUGUGUCUCACAUUUUAAACAGAUACAGAACAGACUUAUUUUGCUUUUCAAUUUCAGACUAAAUGAAGUCUUUACAUUCACUUCGAAAAACAAGGUUAAUUUCUGACCGACUCUUAAACAUUUGUCUUUUAAAGUAAAGUUGGGUUGUAUUGCAGUUGUGUCUUUCUGGAUGUAAACUUGUUCUUUUGGUACUCAUACUCACAAAAAAAUGGAAAUUUAAGUGCAAGUGACAUUUUCUUACCUGUUUAGUUUAAUCUGUCUAGUGGAGGCAGCUCCAUAUUUUUAAUGCUUAUAACCAGCACCAGCCCCAAUUAACUCCUAGUUAAAUCUGGUAUUAUUGAGGAGAAAAAACCUAUCAAGAUACACAGCAAACUACACGUUGUCAUGACACUGAAAAGAAGGAUUAAACUGAAUUUGCUCAGACUAUCUCAAUGCACUGCAGCAGGCUCUGGUAUUAAAAAAGCCGUUUUUGUAAAAACAGAUGGCUUAGGUGAAUGCUUGCUAUUGUAUCUGCAUUGUGUUGAGCCUUAAAAAGGCAGAAUUUGUACUGUUGAUAAAAUAUAAACUGUCCGUCGUCCCGGUCUUUAAGCGAACAUUACCACCGUGUGAAGUAUCACCACAGGAAAUGUGCAUUUGUGUAAUUGAUGUGUGUGUCUGCAGCCACUGCUACAUGAUGUUUCACUGGUGAGUCUUUUGUUGUAUUUUGUGCGUGUAUAAGCUCCUGUGCCAAAACCCACACUACUACGGUAAUAUUAAUUUCAUAAACAGUACCCAUUUUCUUGAAAUCUGUUUUUUUUUUUAUAAACAAAAAGUGACAUUAAUCGACCUGCUACUGUAUCUCAAGACGAUUGUUUUAAAGGUACUACCUUGGUCUUUGUAAAUGUAUAGCAUAUCAUCUUUAUUCAUUUCCAUAAUGGAUGAACCAUUUUGUUAACUUACACUACGUGGUGAAUGAAUCCUUUUUAUGAGUUUAGUUUCCGGCACACGUUGCCACAAGUACAGACUCAGAGAGGAGCAGCAAGUGGUGCACAUUGAUGAAGUCAUUAACUUAAUGUAAGGCAUUUCCUUGAAUUAAAGAUUAACAACAUAAAUAAUUUUUUAUCUCAAAGAAUAUCUUAAAAGUAAUACUAAAUUAAAAAAUGUAAUAUCCAAUGCAAUAAUGCUUUGGUGUUAUUUAUUCAAAACAAGGCCCAGCAUGAAGAAUUGUAGGUUUAUUAAACAAAAUGUAUUACAUACAUCCCCUUAAAAGGCACUUCUAUCUGUCUGACAGAAAUGUCAGAACAUGACUUGAAGAGGCAUUUUUGCUAUUUUUACUUGAAAAAUUACUUUGGUAAAAACCCAAUAACCUAUUUAUCAUAAAAAAGGGAAACAUUGAAGCCUCUUGUGAUUACAAUUUCAGGUCCUCUUUCACAGUGACGAGGCUUUGUGGAGAUAAUGGAAAUUAAUAUAAACAAAACUUCAACCAUGAUGACUCACCAUCAAUACAACAAAAACAUGUGAAGUGCAACUGUACAUGCAAACUAUAUUUGCACAGACUGAAUUUACAUACUGUUUUUAAGACCGACGUGGGUGCAGCAGGUGUUCCUUUUACAAACAGAAAUUAAGAAGCAAACCGUAUCAAAAUACAUUCAUAGCGGUCACUGAACUAGCUCUGGACUGUGUCACUUGGCUAACACCAAUGACACAAUCCAUGAAACAACAUCCACCCUGGUUGCGUGUGUCUUUAACAUUUGAAGUGCUCUGUGAUCAGACCUGGGUCGAUUACCGACUGAACUCUCUCCAAUUCCCUCGCACAACUAAUCUGCCUGAUAGAG